GAGUGAACCACUGUUUCAUCUUACAACAAGAAGCACUUUCAUAGGAAGUUUGAUGAAGGCUGUCGCUUUCCCUCAAGGUUUUGUGUUUCAUUAACAUUGAAUUUGUCUCUGAUUUGGACACGCAAUUUCUUGGUUACUUCCAAAGAGGAAAGAAACGACCAGCUCGUGUCAGGCUGAACUGGCCUCAAUGUCUGUGGACCCUUUAGACGUUUCACUCCUGAAUCACCAACAUCGUUAUUACCUUGGAUUUGACAUUUCAUUCUCCUGAAAUCCACACGCCCUCGUUGGAGAGUGGAUCAUGGAUGCAGCAGCAAUGAAGCCAGCAAGGAUUACCUUUUCAGUCUGGGACUACGUCCUCUUCGCUGGGAUGCUCCUGAUUUCCACAGGGAUUGGGAUAUUUCGUGUCACUCGGCGUAGCGGCCGGCAGAAGAAAGCUGAUGACUUUUUCACGGGAGGGCGACAGAUGUCGGCGCUGUCUGUGGGUCUGUCCCUGUCAGCCAGCUUCAUGUCAGCUGUGCAGGUACUGGGAGUCCCAGUUGAAGCAUAUAGCUACGGGGCUAAGAUUAUUCAGAUGUGCCUGGGCCAGACGCUGAACGCUGUCCUGACUGCCUAUCUCUUCCUUCCUGUUUUCUAUCGGUUGAGACUGACCAGCACCUACGAGUACCUGGAACUGCGUUUCAGCAAAAGCCUUCGACUGUGUGGAACCAUCCAGUUCACAGCAGCCACGGUCCUGUACACUGGGGUGGUCAUUUAUGCACCUGCACUGAUAUUAAACCAAGUUACUGGUCUUAAUAUCUGGGCGUCUCUGCUAUCCACUGGAAUCAUCUGCACAUUCUACACAACUGUGGGAGGCUUGAAAGCUGUCAUCUGGACUGACGUCUUCCAAAUCAUCACCAUGAUGUCUGGCUUCAUUGCCAUUAUGAUUCGUGGCACCUAUUUGGCUGGAGGAGCCCAUGAUGUUCUGGCAACUGCAUACAAUGGGUCCAGGAUCAACUUUGGAGAUUUUGACCCAGAUCCCAGGAGACGCUACACAUUCUGGACUUUUGUUAUUGGUGGAACUGUACUGUGGUUAUCCAUGUAUGGAGUCAAUCAAGCUCAAGUCCAGCGUUACAUCGCCUGCAAGACAGAGUCUCAGGCCCGACUUGCUAUCUUUGUGAACCAAGUCGGGCUGUGGAUGAUAGUGACGAGUGCAGUAGCCUGUGGGAUCAUUCUGUUCGCCUUGUACAGGACAUGUGACCCUGUUAAAGCUGGACACGUUACUGCACCUGACCAGAUGAUGCCUUUCAUGGUGCUGGAUAUCUUUCAGAACUAUCCUGGAGUUCCCGGAUUGUUCCUUUCUGCUGCAUUCAGUGGGACAUUGAGCACAGUUUCGACCAGUAUCAAUGCUAUGGCUGCAUGCACUGUGGAGGACAUCAUCAAACCCAGGCUGAAAACAUUGACUGAAAAAAAGCUGAUUCUAAUAUCGAAAGGACUGUCCCUGUUGUAUGGCUCUGCCUGCAUUAUUUUUGCCGCAUUAUCCUCCCUGCUUGGAGGAGGGGUCUUGCAGGGUUCCUUCACAGUGAUGAGUGUCAUCAGUAAUCCUUUGUUGGGAGCCUUCAUCCUUGGCAUAUUUGUACCUCCUGCUAACACUGUGGGUGUAUUUUCAGGCUUAGCAGCUGGAUUUGCCAUUUGUCUCUGGGUGUCCAUUGGGGGCAUUCUGUACCCACCCUCCCCUGAGAUAAUGGGGGUCCUGCCAUUCAACACAGGCAGCUGUCAUCUUGUGUACAGUGCCAACGCUACAGUCAAUGGCAGUGCUUGGUUUGUUGACAACGAAAUGCCGCUGUCUGGACUGAAGAAGAGGUCCAACAUCGUGGAUCAGUUCUAUGCCUUAUCUUACCUUUACUAUGGUCUCCUGGGAACAUUAAUAACGGUGAUCGUUGGUAUUGGAGUCAGCUAUUUAUCAGGGCCAACUAAGAGAGAAGAUAUUGCCAAUGGUUUACUCUGGUGGGAUCUUUCAAAAAAGAAACCAGUUUCUGAAGAGACAGAACACUUGAACAAGAAGGAGCUUCCUGAUUUGGAAAGCAGCAAGGCUGCUCUGAAAGAGACAAACUCAAUGGCAUCAACUGUUCCAGCCCGAGAAAAAUCAGACCUCGAGCAAUCACCAGUCCAGGACGUGGAUCCCACUCAAUGGAACGUCAGGCUGGAUCAAAACAGCUCCUCAAUCGUGGUUGAAAGUUAUUUACCUCCUCUGAGAGAAAGCUAUGUCUGAGACUGUGUUCCUCCAAACUGGGGAUCAACGCAACUCAUGGCUAUCAGUGAACUUCACAGUGCCUGCUGAUUGUAGACUUAUAACACAUCCUUCCACUUUGUAAAUCUGGUCUCCAUUCUGUUCCGGCUUGUGAUUGGAUCACCAAACAAAACUACCUCUAACUCUCCAGGCAGGUGAGAAAUGGGCAGAAGUUCAUCAACUUGUAUUGCCAAUGGGUUAUAGAAGGAAGUUGCUGCAGGUGGCACAUGAAUUACCAGUCAGAGGUCAUUUGGGACUAAGGAAAGGUCAAUCCAAAAUACAAAACACUUUGAUUGGUCUGGACUGCAUAAAGAUGUGGUUGAAUUUUGUCUGAUCUGUCAUACAUGAGAGAUAUUUGGAAACCCUCAGGCAGCAGUAAAGCCAGCACCCUUAAUAGCCAUUCUUGCAUCUGAGGAACCUUUUACAAGAAACUUAAUUGAUUUCAUAGGACCCCUAGCUAAACCAAAAAGUGGGAAUCUGUCUUUGUUAAUGAUAAUGGAUGUGUCUAUGAGAUUUCCAGAGGUCAUUCCAUUAUACAAUAUCACAGUUAAAAUGAUUAUAAAGGAGUUACUCCAAUUUUUUUACAAGACAUGGACUACCCCACAGAAGUAUAAUUGGAUCAAAGGUCAGAAUUUACAUCAAAAUUGUUCAAGCGAAUUAUUAAUAGUUUAGGAACAAAACAAUUCAAGUCCACUGCAUGCCAUCCAAAAUCGCAGGAAGCAUUGGAAUGGUGGCAUCAAAUUUUAGAGACCAUGUUGAAGGCUUAUGUUCAUGAGGACUGGGAUAAAGGAAUUCCAAUUGUACUUCUGAAAUUAGGGAUGCACCUAAUGAAUCUACAAUUCAAGUCUAUUUGAAUUAGGUUUUGGACAUGAGGUGAGAGAAUCACUAAAAUUAAUCAAGGAAACCUUGGUAAGUCAGAGUUCAGAGACUACAUAUUUGGAUGACAUGUUAAAUUUUACAGUUACUACAUAGGGUGAAGAACCAAUUUCAGAUGAUACUGAAUUGGUGAUUUCUCAAAUUAAAUUGGACAGUGAAGAAGUUUUUUUAAACAAUGGGAUAAGUUAUUGAAUUAUCUUUCAGCUGGAAAUCAAAAUAACCUGCAAGUUCUAGUACAAACAUAUGGGGAUAUAGUUGGGAAUAAGCUCGGAAGUACUAACCUGAUCAUGAAUGAUGAAGUUGCAGGAAAUGCUGUUCCAGUUGAGCCAUAUCCUUAUAGACUUCGCCCUCUGUUAUGUCCAUGAUUUUCAGGGAGAGGUAGGCACCGCGAGGUGUGGAGUGUUUUAUUUCCCCCUCUGACUCUAUUUUGAUUUAAUCCCUGCCCACCCCCUUCACUGUUUGAUCACACAGAAUUGCCUUUUGAGUAGGGCUCUGCUUGUCACUGGCCACUCGGGUGUUUCCUUUCUUCCUAGUGGUGGAAAUUUGAAUAAAGAUUUAUGCACUUA